AUGGCUCCAAGAAUUCUGUGUGUGGCAGAGAAGCCUGCCAUCGCCAAGGCUGUGGCUCAACAUUUGUCUGGCGGUUCGAUGCAGACAAUGUCAAUUCGAGGAAAUCCAUAUGUCAAAAACUAUGUAUUUGAAUUCAAUUUUGGUAACCAUUGGGGCACCUGCUCGGUCACUAUGACAAGCGUCAUCGGCCACUUGACAGCCCUGGAUUUCGGUCGUCAAUUCAGGGGCUGGACCUCUUGUCCACCAAGCACGCUCUUUGAGACCCCUGUGUAUGAGUCCGUAGACUCUGAUAAAUCUGCCAUCGCAAACAACAUUCGAGAUCAGGCCAAGUACUGCAGGGCUUUAUUCAUCUGGACUGAUUGUGAUCGGGAAGGAGAGCAUAUCGGGACUGAAGUUCGAAAGCAAGCAAAGGAGGGAAACGCUCGUAUUGAGAUCAAACGAGCUCGGUUCAGCAACACGGAGAGGGCACAUGUAUUACAAGCUGCUCGGGCACCGAUUGAACUCGAUGAUCUCCAGGCAAACGCGGUGGCUGCUAGAAUAGAACUCGAUCUCCGAAUUGGUGCUGCAUUCACACGUUUGUUGACGCUUCAACUACAACCUACGGCGCCAGAAAUCCUUGCUGAGAAGGUCAUCAGUUAUGGGUCUUGCCAAUUCCCUACUUUGGGAUUCGUGGUCGACCGCUAUCUACGAGUCAGGAACUUCAAACCGGAGAAGUUUUGGGGGAUUAAAGUGAUGCAUCUUCGAGAUGACAUUAAAGUGAAUUUUCUUUGGAGAAGGGUUCAUCUCUUCGACAGAGCUGCUGUGACGGUGAUGUUGGAGCGAUGCCUCACAGCAAAGAAAGCCAAAGUUACCAAAGUGAACCAGAAGCCUACCAGUAAAUGGAGGCCUUUGCCGUUGACAACAGUGGACCUUCAAAUGAUGGGGAGUAGAUAUCUUCGCAUGGACAGUCAGCUUAUUAUGAAGACUGCAGAGGCCCUUUAUACCAAAGGUUUCAUCAGCUACCCACGAACGGAGACAGAUCAGUUUGAUAAGGCCAUUGAUCUGAAGAAGCUGGUUGAAAAGCAAUAUCCAGAUAAUAAUUGGGGUCAAUAUGCUCGAGGUCUCGUUGACGGUGGAUUCAGAACGCCUCGAUCAGGCCGUCACAACGAUCGUGCCCAUCCACCCAUCCACCCCAUAUGCUGGGUCUCGCCAAACUCUCUGAAUGCCAAUGAAAAGAAAGUCUACGAAUUCGUCACCCGUCGAUUCCUAGCUUGUUGUUCCGAAGACGCAAAGGGUCAAACAUCAGAAGUUGAAAUCCAAUAUGGCGAUGAAAUGUUCCACGCCAAUGGACUGAUAGUUCUCGAGAGAAACUACCUCGAAGUUUAUGUCUACGAUAAAUGGGAAAGUAGCCAGCAACUACCAAACUUCCAAAUGGGCGAGCUCUUCGAACCUACCGAGGCCAAGAUCUUCGACGGCAAAACAUCGGCUCCAGGCUACCUCACAGAACCCGAACUUAUCGGACUCAUGGACGCAAACGGUAUCGGCACUGACGCCACGAUGGCCGAACAUAUUGCCAAAAUCAAAGAACGCGAGUAUGUCGCCGUUAAACCAAGAGGAAGUGGCCGUAAUUCAGCCCAGGAAAUUAUCCCGACCCGUCUCGGGAUCGCUCUCAUCGAGGGCUACGAUAACGUCGUUGCUGGGAUUAGGGAUAGCCCUUCCUUGAGCAAACCGUUCCUUCGUAAGGAGAUGGAGCAGCGGAUGCGAGAUAUCUGCGCGGGGAACAAGUCACGCCAGGAGGUUGUGCAUGAGAGCUUGGAACUGUACCGGGAGGUUUUUAUCCAUACACAGAGACGGAUUAACAUGCUGAAAACUGCGUUUCGGAAAUAUCUUGUCGAGGAGGCAAAUUCAUAA